GCCGAUCGUCAUUCUUGGUGAGCUUUCGAUACGACGGUUGUUCUCGGUGCGCCGUGCCAUUCUCAAGCAGAAACACUAGAUUCCGAUUUGUUGCGUUUUUGUUGUGGUUCUUGUUGUUGUCGUGUGGUGGACCUAGCUGUGACUUGUACGAUGAACUUCCCGGUGGCCUUCGUCCUUAUCGCGCUUGUCAUCGGGCUGCUGCAGCUGUCUCCAGCGGAGGGCCAAUAUUCAGGUCCAACACUGGUCUGCGGCGGUACGUCCCUGGUAAAGUCGACCACACUGCUUGCACCGAACAACAUUCCAGCCACCGGGCUUACCUGCGUCUACACCAUCCGGUCGCUCAAUCUGCGCAUCUGUCAGAUUCGAUUGGAUUUCAACUCGUUCACGCUCGCCCAGCCGACGCUCGAUCCGUACCCGAGAUGCAUCAACGACGUGUUUUCGGUGGAAAACUUAAACUUCAAUUUAUGCGGUGAAAAUAGCGGCCAGCACGUGUAUGUGCCCUUCAACCCAACCAAUGCCGACCGUACGAUGACGAUCACCUUCCAAAUUGCCAGCCGAUCGCAGAUCCCAACCCUUUCCAACCCACACUGGAGCAUCCGGGUGCAGCAGCUCGAAUGUCCAACCGGAAUGACGGCCGCAUCCAAGGAUGCUGCCCGCCAGCUAGAGACGCCCGAAAUGCUUCCCCUGAUCGCUCGGACUCUGCAUCCAGACAUUAGUCUGCUGGCACCUACCGGCUGCCUGCAGUACUUCUCCGAAAGCUCCGGCACCGUCGAAUCGUUCAACCUUGGCAAUGGUGAGGGUCCGUACCUGGGUGGAUUGAACUAUGCCAUCUGCUUUCACCGUCCUCGUAACAGCCAGAUGCUGCGCCUCAUACCGACCACCUUCGAGAUCGCUUCGUCCGCCAAUCCGACCCCCGAAAACCCGGGAGUGGAUGAGUUGUGCUACGCGAGCAUUGCCAUAGCGGCACGGUCGGAGGACAACCUGCACAUUCCGAACGCCGUAGCUCGAUUGCCUUCCUUACCGAACCUCAGAGCCAGUCGGUUUUGCAGUAGAAGCCUUAACAAUGGAGAAGUGGAUGUAACCGGACCAGGCCCAUUCAUGAUGUACUUCACGAGCGAUCAUCUGUUCGAUCCGUUCCGUCGUGAGGCUGGAUUCCGGAUGCAGUAUCUUAUUCUGUAAACUGCCCCUGCCGUAUCCACACAAUCCCAGCAUCGAAAAAGAUUUUCCGCAUCAGCCGUUCUUAAACGAAACCGUACUAACAAAACAUACUAAGGUUCUCCUGUGUGUACUGGUCAAAUAAUAAUGCAGCACGUUCAGCAAAAUGUACAACCAACUCGUGAUCUUUAACCCGCGAGGGCGUCUUACUGCAUGCGACCAUUACCACCCCGAAUAAAUGCUACUCUUAGCCCAUUUCCAUGACAA